GCCUCGCUGUCCGCGCACGCGGCCGCCUGCCGCCUGCGCGCCAUGGGCUACUCCCGCCAGGAGCAGGAGGACAUGUACGACGCCAGCUUUUUCUACGAGCAGCGGCAGGUGCCCACGGUGACCAUGGAUAAAGAUCUACAGUUUCGCAUUGUUCAGCAAGCUAGAGCCGAAAGUGCCAAAGAAGGUGCAGGCUACAGCCAAGGCUGCUACUCCUCGGUGCCCGUGGAGGUUCCCCAGAACCACAAGCGUUUCACCUGCGACCUGACGCAGGCCGAUCGCCUCGCGCUCUACGACUACGUCGUGGAAGAGACAAAGAAGCAGAGGUGCCGGUCCCAAAUCACGGAAAACGACAGCGAUCUCUUCGUGGACUUAGCUGCAAAGAUCACCCAAGAUGAUAGUCAGAAAGGCCCUAAAUCCCACCUGGAGAUUCUGGCCGAAAUGCGCGACUACAAGAGGCGGCGUCAGUCGUACAGGGCCAAGAACGUCCAUAUCACAAAGAAGUCCUACACGGAGGUGAUUCGGGAUGUGAUCGGUGUGCACAUGGAAGAACUCAGCCAUCACUGGCAGGAGGAAAACAGACGCGAGGAGCGGCGCUCGGCCUCGGCCGACUCGCGGCAGUCGGGCGGGAGCUGCAGGGAUGCCGAGCGCCCGAGGCACCGGAGGGAGGGCAGCAGGAGCCCGAGCAAACGCAGGAGGAGUCGGGAAAGAGGCAAAGACAGAGACGGGCGGAGAAGAAGAGAAAGGGACGAUGACAAGUAUCACAGCCACAAACGAAGAAAGUAGAAACAAGAAAAUGUUGCUGGGGUUUGUCUGGCAGCUGUUCAAACAACUACUCGCCCCGAAGAGCUGCUGUGCUGCUGCUAUGGUAGUGCCACAGUUAGUCCUGCUGCACCCAGGAUGCCCGAGGUGGCCAUUGCCUCACAGCUCUGUUGGGCUGCAGAGGGAAGGUCUCCCCUCCUGCGCCGAGGGACGGUGUCGGUGUCACAGUGUGCGCCAGUAACGCAGCUGAUUAAGGGGUUCUGGUGGUCUCUGUCAUGCAUGUGAGUGGAGGCUGGCACGGGCAACAGCAGGAGGAGGAAUGGAAACAGAGGCUUCUCUGGCCCCCAGAAACCACGUCCUGAGUCUGGAUCCAGCACAGGCUCAACUGCAAGCGAAAAGCAUGGGAACAGCUCACCCCUGCUCCAGGGCUUUCCAGCAGCGCCUGAAUAGAGCUGAUUCAGAGCGACAGGGUGGUCAAGGACAAGCUGGAGAGGUGCAAGAGUCAAAACUCAGCGCUGCAGAAACACCGUGGGAUGCACUGAAGU